AUGGCGUCUCCCCUCAAGCCUCAUCCAACGAAUCGGUCCGCACUCGAUGAUGCAAAAGCAAUGCCACCUCCGCCAGCACCGGUGCGGCAGGCCUUGAUAAUGGAGCCUGAAAUCAACGGGCUAGCAGAUUCUCUGCAGAAUGCAGUCGUAAAAACUGGUCAAAUGUACAGAUUUUAUGCGGAUGCUCGCAAAUUAGGUAUCACCAAGUACGCCUCCAGUCCACCACGUUCACUCACCGCCUCCCUCGGACGAGAAAUUGAAAAGUACGAUCAAUUAUGUGACUCUCUCGAGGCCCAUUUGCUACGCGCCAUAGCUGUCUUGCAGCGUGAUCUACGCAAGGAAAAACAAAGCGUGGAAUCAGCUAAAGAGCCUCCAAGGGAUGCUGACGUAUCUCGCCAAACCUCCCUCAAAAUAAAGGAAGAGGCCACGAUAGCCAACAUCCAGGCCUCUCCGCCCGCUCCAAGCUCGUCCUCUCUGUCUGGCCGACGUCCAUCUGCAAUAUCUAUUUCUUCCCUCCAGAGACCCGCAUUUUCCCUGAAACUUGAUUUGUCUGCGACGUCUCUGCGGAUCAGUGCAGAAGAAGCAGCCAUGUUCUCGAGCAGCGGACUUGCCUCGCCAGUCACCCUUGCCCCAAAGUCAGCUCGUGCUAUGGGUCCAACCGAAUUUCCUCCAGAGCUCAUGGCAGCGUUUUCAGGGCCGUCUACGGUGGCGGCUGAUGUUUCUGGGCGACCUGUAGACAUUGAUUUAACAAUUCCUGAUCCACUUGAGCAUUCCAAUAUCGGUGAUUCGUCUGAUAAGCCGAUUGAACUGGACUUGGAUGGCAUGGAUAUUGACAUGCCAAUAAUGACGGACCUCUUUGGGGACGCGGACGGAGGAGGGUCGGAUCACGUUGCGACCCCUGCCGACGGUCUAUUUUCUCCCGUCCUUGGGGACGAGAACUCGGAUGAGCAUUCAACGGCUCCUAAUCAACAUGAAGGUCUUAUCAAUCAAUUAGUUGAUGAUAAUGCUAGUAGCGGCGUUUUCGCCACUCCUGCACAGGAGAAUAUGGCUAUCUCACAACUUCAUAUACCCUCUCCAGGAGCACUUCUAGCAAGCUUUUCAUCUUCUGCGACUAACGAUGCCCCACCAUCCAAGUUACCUCAUGCCGGGUCUGAGGCUGAUCCAACUUUUGAUCUAAAUUCUAUGGAACUCGAGUUCUUCUCCCACCCCACGGACUCCGAAAUGAACUUUUCAAUGGACAUGGGAGAUUUCCUGGCCAUUCAAGGCGAUGUCGAAGAAAAAAGUGACGCCUACCUUAGUUCCAAAGGAUGA